AUGGCCGCCACCACAGAGACAGCCCUGAAGGGCUCAAGCGCUGUUGCCCCUGUGAAACAUCAGGUUGUCGACAAGGUGCCAAAGCGGUUCAGGCAGAUCAAGUUCGGCAUCCAGUCGAACCAGGAUAUCGUCAACCAGGCCGUGGUCGAGGUCGCGGACAGGACCAUGUACGACCUCGACCGUGGAAGGGAACCAAUCAAGAACGGUCCUCUGGACAAGCGCCUCGGUAUAUCCAGCAAGGUCGCUACUUGUCUGACCUGCGAUCUCAGGCUUCAAGAUUGUCCUGGCCACUUCGGCCAUGUCCGCUUGCCUCUGCCUGUCUUCCACAUCGGCUACCUACGAUUCACCAUGAAGAUUCUGCAGGAGAUCUGUAAAGAUUGUUCCCGCGUUCUGCUUACUGAGCCCGAGCGCCGCAGCUUUCUCAAGAGACUCCGCAAGGCCCCCGAUAACAUGAACCGCCAGGCCAUUCUCAAGAACGUCAACGAAACAUGUAGGAAGACCAAGACUUGCCCAUACUGCGGUGCAACCAAUGGCCAGAUUCGCAAGGUUGGCCCGCUCAAGCUGGUCCACGACAAGUUUGUGGCCUUCAACAAGUCCACCUCCCAGAAGAAAGUACCACCUCAGUCCAAGAUCGACUUUGACAACUCUUUCAUCGAAGCCAAGAAGCACAACAACGACCUGGAGAAGCAUGUACGCAAGGCUAUGGAAGAUUUGAACGCCCUUCGUGUCCUGAAGCUCUUCAAACAGAUCAGCUCAACUGAUUGCGAGUUGCUGGGUCUUGAUCCCACCGAAGGAAGACCUGAGAUGUUCCUGUGGCAAUUCAUCCCUGCACCACCUGUCUGCAUUCGGCCAUCGGUAGCACAGGAGGGGGCAAGUAACGAAGAUGAUCUCACAACCACUCUCAGUCAAAUCGUCUUCAUUUGCAGUCUGAUCAGAGGAGCAUUGCAGAAGGGGGCCAGCUUGCAGACUAUCAUGGAGCAAUGGGACUACCUUCAACUCCACAUUGCCGUCUACGUCAACAGUGAUGUUCCUGGUUUGACCAACACUGGUAUUGUCAAGAGUAUGAGAGGAUUCUGCCAACGUCUCAAGGGCAAACAGGGUCGAUUCCGUGGUAAUCUGUCUGGAAAACGUGUCGACUUCUCAGGCCGAACUGUCAUUUCGCCUGACCCCAAUCUUGGUAUCGACCAGGUCGCUGUACCUAUCCUUGUCGCUAUGAACUUGACAUACCCGGAACGAGCCCACCGCGAAAAUAUCGAGAAAUUACGAAAGUGCAUUCUCAACGGUCCCAGUGUCUACCCUGGUGCCCAAGGCAUCAUCAAGCAGGAUGGUGACCUGGUCUACAAGCAAACAUUGAAGUUUGGUGACAGAACCAGAGUCGCUAAAGAGUUGCGCUUUGGUGAUGUUGUUGAGAGACAUUUGGAGGAUGGCGAUGUUGCAUUGUUUAAUCGUCAACCAUCACUUCAUAAGCUCAGUAUCAUGAGUCAUUUGGUCAAAGUGAGGCCUUGGAGAACGUUUCGUCUAAAUGAGUGUGUAUGUGGUCCAUACAAUGCUGAUUUCGACGGCGAUGAGAUGAACCUUCACAUUCCUCAGACAGAAGAAGCACGAGCGGAGGCUAUCAACCUGAUGGGUGUCAAGAACAAUCUAGCAACACCCAAGAAUGGUGAGCCCGUCAUUGCUGCUACGCAGGAUUUCAUCACUGCCGCCUACGUCUUGAGUGGUAAAGAUGUGUUUUACGACCGAAAGACGUUUGCGUACAUGUGCCAACACAUGAUGGAUGGCAACGUCCACCUUGAUCUACCACCACCUGCUAUCUUGAAACCUCAACGCAUGUGGACAGGCAAGCAGGUGUUCAGUGUCUUGAUGAGACCAAACAAGCAAUCGCCUGUUAUGGUCAAUCUGGAUGCAAAGUGCAGAGAAUAUCAACCCCCGAACAAGUCAUCGGACAACAUCCGCGAAAGAACACGUGCCCCAGAUAUGUGCCCCAGUGACGGUUGGCUUGUAGUGCGCAACUCGGAGAUCAUGUGCGGUAGAAUGGACAAAUCAACGGUAGGAUCCGGAAAGAAAGACUCGAUUUUCUAUGUCAUCAUGAGAGAUUUCGGCCCCGACCAAGCUGUCAUCGCCAUGAACCGUCUCGCUAAGCUUUGUGCUCGAGCAUUGACUAACCAGGGAUUCUCCAUCGGUAUUGGUGAUGUCUUCCCGAGUGCAUCCCUAACAGCGCAGAAGCAAGUACUUGUUCAAAACGCAGCGAGAAAGACAGAUGAGCUGAUUGCUUCUUUCAAUGCAAAGACAUUGCAAAAAGCAGCAGGUUGUUCUAUGGAAGAGACUUUGGAAAAUUCCAUUUCCGGAACGCUCAGUCACGUUCGUCAAGCUGCAGGUGCUUAUUGUAUCGAAACCCUCAGCACAAAGAACGCUCCGUGGAUCAUGGCUACUUCAGGUUCAAAGGGUUCGAACAUCAACGUCGCUCAGAUGAUCGCUCUAGUAGGACAGCAGAUUAUUGGAGGAUCGCGUGUUGCCGAUGGAUUUCAAGACCGUACAUUGCCGCAUUUCCAUAAGCUUGCUCGCCAGCCCGCAGCCAAAGGUUUCGUGGCAAACAGUUUCUAUACUGGUCUACUUCCAACAGAAUUCUUGAUGCAUGCCAUGUCUGGACGUGAGGGUCUGGUCGAUACCGCCGUCAAGACUGCCGAGACCGGUUACAUGUCUCGGCGUCUCAUGAAGUCUCUCGAGGAUCUGUCCGCGCAAUACGAUGACACAGUUCGUACCUCUGGGGGUCAUGUAGUGCAGUUCCAGUUUGGUGCGGAUAAGCUCGACCCCGUAGACAUGGAGGGAUCAGCCGUGCCUGUGCAUUUCGACCGCACCUUCUCCCAUGCUGAAAACCAAACUUGGGACAACAAUGAGCGAGCGCUCUUGCCGUUCGAAAUUCUGGAAAUUUGCGAUUCCAUGAUCGAUAAAGAACGAGCGCGUUAUCAACGAAAAGGACUUCUCCACGGUGAAGCUCUUGCUUACGAGGACCAGACUGAUUAUGGAAUAGAUGAGCAUGAGAGUAGUCGUCACUUCCUCCGGACCAUCGAAGCUUAUGUCUCAGGUCUAGCAACCAAGUUGGCCAAGGUCCGAGAGGAGUUCGGGUUGGAUGCAAACCUCGAGAAGUCUGGCAGCCCUGCAAGAGGCCAUACCGAGAGGGUCGCCAAAGUUUCGAAGCGUACUCUGGUAUAUUUUAUAACCCUUUGCUUGGAGAAGUUUAAGAAGGCCCAUGUGGAGCCUGGUCAUGCCGUCGGAGCCGUCGGAGCACAGUCGAUUGGUGAGCCCGGUACUCAAAUGACUUUGAAGACCUUCCAUUUUGCUGGUGUCGCCGGUAUGAGUAUAACUCAGGGUGUGCCUCGUAUUAAGGAGAUUAUCAAUGCAUCCAAGACUAUCAGUACACCGGUCAUUACCUGUCCUUUGGAGAACAACAAGCAGAUUGAAGUAGCACGAGUUGUCAGAGGUCGUAUUGAGAAGACCUAUAUCGAGGAUAUCCUACGCCACAUUGAAGACGAGUGGGAGCCACACCGAGCAUACAUUACGCUUGCCAUCGACAUGGAGUCGUUGGAGGCCAUGAAUCUUGGUAUUGGGUUGUACGAUGUGAAGAAUGCCAUCGUGAAAGCCAAGAAACUCAAGAUCUUGGAUGGAGAUGUCCGUGUAUAUCCGAUAGAUGGCACACUUGAAAUUGCUGUUACCCUUCCCGAUGAAAGCAAGAGCCGAAGUGUCCGUACAAAGACUGAGAUGCCGGCCGACAUGCUUACUCGCAUUAGUCACCUAAAGCGCGUCCUGCCAGCUGUUCCUGUUUCUGGUUACCCAGACGCAACUCGUGCUAUUAUUCAGACAGGGGAAGAAAAAGCCGCGCGACCUGGCGAAACACCAGGAUACACUCACGCUGUUCUCGUUGAAGGUUAUGGUCUUCGUCAAUGCAUGAACACAGAAGGUGUCAUCGGCACGAAGGUCGUCUCCAACAACGUCAUGGAGAACAACCAGGUCCUCGGUAUCGAAGCAGCACGAACAACUAUUGCCAAAGAAAUUGGCGACGUCAUGGGAGAUAUGGACAUCGACCCUCGUCAUAUGGAGCUGCUUGCUGAUGUCAUGACAUACAAGGGCGAAGUUCUUGGUAUUACACGUUUUGGUCUAUCAAAGAUGCGUGACUCUGUUUUGCAACUUGCUUCUUUCGAAAAGACGCCUGAUCACUUGUUUGAAGCUGCCGCUGGCAUGAAGUGUGACAAGAUCGAGGGUGUCUCUGAGAAGAUCAUCAUGGGACAGACCAUGACAGUCGGCACGGGUGCAUUCCAGGUCGUGAGGAAGUUGGGACUAGGUAAUGAGCACCUACAGAAAUUGCCAACAGCUUUUGAGGAUGCCUGGAACUUGGACUUGAAGGGGAAGAAGAAGUUCAAGCCCAAGAAGGCGACUGCAACGGCGGGAUAUUAAUGGGACAUGCAGGAGCUCAGGCUUCGGGAGCAGGUCUAUGAAGAGGAUGAUCAAUUAUGAUUGCAUUGCGAUAAGGAGUUCAGGUCAUGAAUACUGCAGGGAUCCAGCCAGUCAUAAAAGGGCGAUCUCCUGCUUUUGCUCUUCUGCUUUGCUCAUCGAAGCCCCUGUAUAGCCGAUGUAGAAUUUUGUCAACCCGUUGUUCUUUUUGUAUACGUUCAUGCUGACCAUCGAACAAACAAGCU